CAGUCUCUUUGUCUGUUUGGAGUGUUUUCGACCUCAAAAAAUUGUUUGGUUUACGUUUCCCACUCAAUCCGCCAUUGACGCUCACCCCACAACAAGAACCAAGCCCCCAUUUUCUCCAUUCUCAUUCUCCAAACUAUCCCCCUAUGAAUCUUUGACCGCCGGUUUUUAUUUAAUCUCGUAGAUUCUCCCGCACCCUUUUGAAGAUUCCCCGACCUCUCUCCUGGGCAGCUCUUGUUUUUCGACUCCGGACUACGAUAUCAUUGUUCUUGAUUCUGUUGUCUGUGGUAGAUUCUAACGUCUGGCUAUGGUGGGUGCUCUGUCCGUUGUGGGUUCGCCGGCGGUGGACUCCCAUACGGGCCCGUGCCUCUGCUUGGAUUCGCCCCCGGCGGCCAUGACAAGCCUCAGGAGUGGAGGAGGAGGCGGUGGCGGAGAGUAUUUCGCCUCUUGCAAGAGCUUUCCGAGCAGGUGGAAGAAAUUGCCGAGGCGGCCCGGAUCAUUGGAGCUGGGGAGCUCAUUCAUUGGAUCACGGUGGCAUGAUUGGCGUCUCGAGGCCUGGGCGAUCUCGGGGGGAGCCAGUCGGCGGCAGAAGAGGCUGAGUAAGGGCCUAGGCAGCCUCGUUCUCAAGAACGAGCUUGGGGGACAGUACGAGGAUAGCUUCGAAGAUGUGAAGACUCAAAUGCUUAACUACUUCACUUACAAAGCUGUGAGGACUGUUCUGAACCAGCUGUAUGAGAUGAACCCAACACAGUAUCGGUGGUUUUACGAUUUUGUCGUAUCGAAUAAGCCUGGAGAUGGGAAGCGUUUCAUUCAAGUACUAGUGAAGGAGAAGCAAGAUCUCGCCGAGAGAGUGAUGAUAACGCGUCUUCAUCUUUACGGGAAGUGGGUCAAGAAAUGUGAUCAUGCACAAAUAUACAAAGAGAUAUCGGACGAGAACUUGGAGUUGAUGCGGGAACGGUUGAUGGAGACGGUGAUAUGGCCCUCUGAUGACACAAAUUCGGAGAAGAUUGGCUGAGACGUCGCAGCUCCUCUAUUCCUAAUAUUUUCCUCUUGUUCUAAUUAGUUGUUAGGUCCUUGCUCUUGAUGCUAUCAGUAGGAUUUCAAUUUCAGGGUCCUCCUUAUAGUGUUUAAACAAUCAAAGUUUAGACUAUUAUUCUUUAUAUCUGCAUGUUGUACAUAUUUACUGAAGUAGCAUUUGAAAUCACAAGUCAAUGAAAUAUUUCAUC